UAUACUGUAUAAAACUGAGUUACUAAUUACGAACAAAACAAAAAACAUUCUGGUAACAAAAAUUAUAAAAAUACCGAUAAUUAACGAUCGGUAGUUCAAAACAACCGGUUAACUGGCUGCAAUGUCAGAUUGAAGGUCCAAUAGUGUCUACAUAGAUAUAAAACAUUUAUUCCUCAUUCAAGAACUGAUGGUGAUCCCAGACAGCAAACAUCAACAAUGAUUUUACGAACGGAUUGCGUGAUAUUUGUCUUGUGUUUUCUCUAUUUUGGAGACGCAAAAAUUGCACCGGAUUUUAUCCACCCGUGCAACGAAACUAGUAGAGAAUGUCUUGUCAAGUCAACACAGGAAGCUAUUCCCGAAUUCGUAAAAGGCCUCCCUAAGCUUGGAGUGCCCUCGUUGGAUCCCUUCGUUAUUGAGAAGCUAGCAAUUCCUCUAACUGGACUGAAAGUAACUUUUUAUCAGGGAAAAGUGACCGGCUUUAGAAACUGCAUCGUGGAUAAUGUUAUCUCUGAAUUAGAGAAGCGACACUUUGUUCUGGACUUCCACUGCAAUUUAACGAUAAAAGGACAGUAUGACGCAGUCGGGAAGAUAUUGCUCUUCCCGAUAAAUGGUGAGGGCGACGCUAAAGUCAAACUGACCAACCUUAGAAUGAAGGUUGAUAUCAAUACGAAAUACAUAAAAGAUGCCAAAGGGGUUAAUCACUUUGCACUAAGGAACUACAAAUACACGUUCGACUAUGGAGAUAAAAUAACUUUCGACUUGCAGAAUCUAUUUAAAGAAAGCAAAGAAUUAAGUGCCACAGUUUUGAAUUUCCUCAACGAAAAUUGGAAAACAGUGGCGGAAGAAUUUGGAAAACCCAUAGUAGACUAUGCAGUGGAUUUAGCUAUAAGAACUAUUGAGAAAUUCUUCGUCGCUGUUCCGUAUGAAGAAUUAAUCAAUGUCCCCAUACCCCAAAAUUAAUAUAAGCGAUUCGAUUUAUUAAACGCUGUUUGUUGUCUUAAGCGCGAAAAAUAUUAACUGAAGCCAACAAUGAUUCGGAUUAGAGUACAUAAAUUAUUGAGAUUUAUAUUAUUUUAAAUUUAUUAUUUAAAAAAAAUAUUAUAAUAAAGACGUGAAUAAAAUAUGCAUUUAUAAUGUGGUUGUUAAUAAAAACCAAGGCCUUGUAAUUUUAAUAGUCCCUCAUCGUGUUCACUACAAUUAUCAUCAUAGUGUAGAAUGUCGCGCAUAGUAACACUAAAGCUUAAUUUAUACAUUUAGUUGAUAAUUCUUUUUAACGAUAAUUUAUAAAAAUACACUCUAAAAUUUUCGUUAGACCUACUUAAUAGUAAUAAACUUAUAUUAUUGAGCGGGUUUCGGGAAUACUUAGCAA